UGACAAGAGGAGGCCGUGCCAACGACGACCAACGACGCCAUCACAAAAUCAAAGAGGCAAGCGGCUGGAGCAAAGGAAGAAGAAGAGCGUAUCAUUAUUAUUAGACUAUCAAGAGACAAACAAAUAAGACGACCAUGGCAGCGGGACGCACGAACAAACACAAGUCACAAGACGAAACAACCAAAGUAGCCUCAUCAAAGGGCACCACCACCGAUGAUCCAUCGAAUGUCCAAAAGCCAAGCAAUCCAUCCAAAGGAGCGACCGCCCUGGCGGAAGAGCACCUUCCUCCUCUGUCAUUGGUAUUUUGUGUCUUUUUCCUUUCGGGGCCUUUGUUCGUCCUUGGCCUAAGAGAUUUCCUCGCGACUGGAAGAGUCCUUGUCGGUCCUCUCGGUGAUGAUGCCUUUCAGCAAUUCACAGACUCCAACUUCUUCUUUGAUAGUGCCGACUGGAAGUCGUCACAGGGUGGAUUGAGUGCCAUUCAAGCGAUCACCACCGAUGCCAACAAUAUGGGAGGUCUCUUUGUGCGAAAAUUGGGGGGAGCCGCGGGCGCCAUUGUCCACUUGCAGAAACUACUUCCGCUCCUCUUUCAUCCGGAGGGUGCCCAGUGGAUGGCAGGCCAUUUUAAACCCUUGUAUGGGAUGGCGUUGGCGGCCAAUUUGGCACUGGCUACCUUUUACGGCAUGUACUUGCCGGACCUGAAGGAUUCCAGGGCAGACCAAUUUCCCAAAAUCAUCAUGGGACUCCUGGUUGUGGAAUCCUUGGUCCUUCUCUAUCAUCUACUACUAGCCACUACUCCCAAACAACAAACCAGACUGCCGGCCAUUGCCAUGCCAGAAGGAAAGACUCCGCAGUCAGUGGCCAGUAGAAUUGUGGCCCGAACGGUAGCGGUGGUGACAUCCGUCAUUACGUUGAUUGCUGGAAGAGAGUUGUUCUUCCCAGGAACGAUUUUGGAGUUUAUCCCACGUGAUGAUAUCUACUUGGAAUGGACCAAUGCCCUCCUACACUCCCCUCCAGCGGGGUCGGUGGAAUUAGAGGAACAAGGCCUCGAAGCUGCUUUGUAUAUUGGAGACAAGUUUGUCUCGCAACUCAUGGCACUCAAUCUACUCAUUCUAUGUGGUUACAAGUUUCUUACGGCCUUUUUCAUCCAAUUUGGUAGUGAUGGAAGUGGCCAAGUCAAAUGCAAAAUGAUUUGGAAGGCACAGUGUAUUGGAGACAUGAUGCUGGUGCUCAUGAUGCGUCUCUUCUCGUCGGCGGCCCUUUCGGCGAGCCUGGACUUUCGUUGGCACUUGAUGCUCGUGGCAUACGAAGGCUUUAUUCUGGGAUUAUACGCAUGGUUCUAGGUGGAAAUGGGAAACGCUACAUUUCACAUACUAGUACAUCUGUAGAGACAAGCGAGCACUCAAAAUUAAUGAAAGCUUUUAGCAGUAUUAUUGACGUGUCUAAACCAUCAGCCAAUCAACUAUAGAAUAUUAUCGUACUAGCUAG